GCAUGGCGCUGUGUUAUUUCAUUGCUGCAGUCGCUGCAGUUUUUAUUAACAUUCUAGCCGCUGUAGAUGCCUUACCUUCUGCCAUAUUAGCCUCGAAUAUGCAAAUUGACGAUGUGAUUCGCGAAUAUUUCAAUGCUGGAUACGAAUACUCUAACAUAGUUUCCUUGCUUUUGGCUUAUCAUGGAAUUAGGAUAAGCAUUUCCACUCUCAAAAGAUUUUUAAGGAAAAAAAAGAUGAGACGAAGAAAUGUAGAGAUUUCUGAUGUUGCCAUCAGAAGAGCCAUCCAGACUGAACUUAAUGGACCAGGUUCCUUGUUAGGGUAUAGAGGAAUGUGGAACAAACUUCGCCAGGACUAUGGAGUCAAUGUUGCAAGAGACAAAGUCAUGAAAAUCCUUAAAGAAAUGGAUCCUACUGGAACAGAAAUGAGGAAAAGUAAUUGCCUGAAGCGUAGGGUAUAUAGAAACAAGGGACCAAAUUAUGCAUGGCAUGUAGAUGGCUAUGACAAGCUAAGACCAUAUGGCUUUGACAUUCAUGGGUGCAUUGAUGGAUACUCAAGACGUAUAAUGUGGCUUGAAGUUGGGCCGACAAAUAAAAAUCCAGCAGUGAUAUGUGGAUACUAUCUGAAGUGUGUACAACAUAUAGGUGGUUGCCCACAAAUAUUGCGAACAGAUCCUGGUUCUGAAAACACUUUGAUAGCAGCAUUACAAUGUACAUUUCGGAGAAACAGCACAGAUCAGUUUGCAGGUGAUGCAUCUCAUAGAUAUGGAAAGUCAGUUUUUAACCAGCGUAUUGAGGCUUGGUGGUCAGUGCUAAAGAAGAACUACUCAGGCUGGUGGAUAGAGACACUUAAGGAUCUUGUUGAAUUUGGUGCUUUGGAUAUUGGAAAUGAUUUUCACAUAAAUUGCUUGCGGUUCUGUUUGAUGGACAUAAUUCAAGAUGAAUUGAAUAGAUUUGUUAAUUGUUGGAACAACCACACCAUAAGGCCAUCAAAGAGAGCCGAAUGCCCACACGGAAAGCCUAACAUUUUGUAUCUUCUUCCCCAUGAAAAUGGCACACAUGAUUUCAAGACUGUUGUUUCACAAGAUGACAUUGUUUGGGCAAACUCCAUUUGCAAGGACAAUAUUUCAAAAACUGAGGAAAGAAGUGACAUUUUUUUUGAAAAUGUGCUGCAGAGGGAAGGAAAACAUCUGCCAUGCAAUUGGAAUGAAGCCAUAGAAUUAUAUUUGUUCCUUGUGGGAUGAUAGUAGCCAGGCAAAUAUCAAAGUCACAUCAGUUAAUUAUCUAGUCAGGGACCAGUUAUACGAAGGGAUCAAAUACAGCUUCACCUUGCUGUAAAAUGUCCCCAGCAGCUCAACAUAUUUCUUUGGAGUGAAGACCUCCUGGGACUGUGGUAACUUGUCAACUAUAGAGCAGUCAGGAUACAAGAACAAGUCUUGGCUUGGACUUUCUCUUCCGCUGAUAAGAAGACCAAACCAUCAUCCCAAUGCAUAGCUAGAAUAAAAUUAAAUUUUAGAAAGCAAAGUAGUAUAAUUAUUGGCAUGUUAAGUUUUUCAGUAUUGGUUAUCCUUGAAUUAAUUAUUUAUUCACUUCUUUUGCUUGACUUUGUAUUGUGAGUAGAGUAUAUUUUAUAGUACCUUGCAUGUUUUUUCUUUUGCCUCCUUUUCCUUUUUAGGUCUAAGUUUGGCGUCUUUAUUUGUCUUCUUGAAGAAUUGCUCUCUUUCAUCUUUUUUCUUUUCAGAAAAAAGUUUAAAUUCCUCUGCACGGUUUUUUGCUAAAUGAAAUAAAUUUGCACUUCAGAAAACAUUAAUGCAGAAAAAAAUAAAAUAAAAUUCAUCUCAUUCAAAUAUUUCUAUUUACUUUGUUGUCACAUAAAGAAUAACAGUCUAAAUGAGCUGAACUAAUGCCUUACCUUUCAAGUUAUCUCCUUGAAAAGUGUCUCCUUCGUUUCCUAUAUAUAAUAUGUCAUUAUCCCUGCAAAAUAAGCACAGACACAAUAAUAAAUUUACAACAGUUAACACAUCCUCAGAGAGUUAUUUCUCUACUCUUUAUGGUAUAAAAUUUAUUUUGACAAAAUGUUUAAAAAAAUGUCUUUAUGGUAUAAAAUUUAUUUUGACAAAAUGAAACACUUAAUUACAGCUUGCAAGUGGCUAACAGCUACUUUCAUUGAUAUGAAUUCUUAAUUAUGCAUAUUUGAAUGUGUACCUCACAACUUCUAUUGAGGAGAUGAUAUCUCCUGUAUGUGAAAAUAGUAUGGGAUUCGAAAUCCCAUCUCCUAUUUCCAUACACCGUUGCAGAAGAUCUUGAAAGCUGUCUGGACAAUUGAUGACCUUAAAAAAGUUGUUCAUUGGAUAUAGAUUAGAUAUAGUUUUGAUGUAUGUAUGUAAAAUAGGGAAUUAAUGGACUGCAGUCAUUAGCUAGGGAGGGGGAAAUGUUUUGUCCAUUUCUUUUCCUCUUUACAAAAUGUGAAAAAUGCAAGCUCUACUUUCAUGCAAGAAGCCCUUGCUUGAAAUGGCAUUUUUGAGGUUCAAAAUCAUAAGAAUUCCUUUACCCUUAUACUUGUGUCAGCUUUUAAUGAUUGGCAGCAUGUCUAAGCAGACUGAGAACAAGUUCUUAUUUUGCAAUAAUCGCAAAUAAAAGUACCGGUAGAAUAAAAUGUAAGAGUCCAGUAUCUUUCUGGGAAUAUUGUGGAACUUACAGUAAGUUGUAAUCAAUGCUAAUAUAAUGCUAGAGUGCACACUGCAUAAGCAUGAAACAAUUCUUAAUUAAUUAGCGCCUAAUAAGAUUUAGUUAUCAACUAACUAAGAAUUUAGUGAGACAUAAACAAAGACAAGUUUCCUUUCUGGCAUUGUGUUCGUGCCCCAGUGAAUUCUUAGUUAGUUGAUAACUAAAUCUUAUUAUAGAUGCUGAUAGUUAGGAAUUGUUUCAAUAUGCUUUUUUGGCGUGCACUCUAAUUUUUGGGAUUGUACAAUAAACAAUGGAAUUGCAACUUUACUAAAAAACAAAAAUAUAUACCAUUUAAUUUUAAAAAUAUAAAUAUGUACA